CUAAGUGCUACGAGUCAGUUGAGCAAUCACUCUUCUCUUCUACCCACCACAGCUAGAGCUCUCUCUCUCUCUCUAAAUCUGGAAAGUGGAAGCAAAAGAAGAACGAAGGAGAGCUAGAAGAAGAAGAAGAAGUCUAGGACUGACCGAGUGGAGGGGGUUUUCACAUUCACCAUCCAAACAAUAAUAAUAAAUGGCAAGUGAUGGUAAUAAUAACACUGAAGAAAAAAUGGUGGAUACCAAAGAAGAAGAGGAAGAAGCCGCCAAUGAGAAGGAGCCCGCUCCCGACAAUCUCAAACCGGAAGGUGAACCGGAAGCGGAACAGGAAGGGGGAGCCGAAACCAAAGCCUCCAGCGAAGACCCCAAAGGUAACGAUGUUGAUGCUACUGCUGCUCCGAUUCUCACUCCUCCUUCACUCGCCCUUAAUGAUUCAGCUCUAGAGGACAAGGAUAAUAUCCAAUCUUCAGUUGACCUAACCGAUACGAAUCCUGCCACUCCUCAUCCCCAUGAUCAUGAUACUUGUAAUGCCGCCGCCGCUCAAGAUUUCAUCAAGUCUGAGGGAAAGGGGGACGAAACAGUUGAUAACAACAACAACAACAACAAGGAUCCUCAUGAUGAGCCCAACACUGAUGUAGCCACCACCGCUACCAAUGUUGCUGGUGCCAAACAGCUUUCUUCUCCGCCUCUCAAAAAUGAUGACGAGGGCACUCACGCACCUCCUCCUCCCUCGAGUCACUCGGACCCCAAAGCUGAAGAUGAAGAAGAUGAUGAUGAGAAAGGUGCUGUAGUUCCUACAGAAAUUGACAAGAAGGAAGCUCCUACAGAAAUUUCUGCUCUCAACACUCCACCACCACCAACCAAGUCUUUCCUUUUGGAUUCUUCUGCUGAUGGUUACGAGUCCGGAACUGAGGAAGAGCAAGCUGCUUUUAUGAAGGAUGUUGAAUCUUUUCAUAAACAGAACCACUUGGAAUUCAAACCCCCCAAAUUUUAUAAAGAAGAGCUCAAUUUGCUCAAGUUAUGGAGAUUGGUGAUCAAGUUGGGAGGCUAUGAACAGGUGACAUCAUGCAAAUUAUGGCGGCAAGUGGGAGAAUCUUUCAAACCACCAAAAACCUGCACUACUGUCUCUUGGACAUUUCGAAUCUUUUAUGAGAAGGCACUCCUUGAAUAUGAAAAGAAUAAAUUAAAGAAUGGUGAGCUACCUUUUUCAGAUGGCCCCUUGACAGAAUCUAUGAGGGCUGAAAAUCAGGCUGGUGGAAGUCAAGCUCUUGCAUCAGGUAGGGCAAGAAGGGAUGCUGCAGCUCGUGCUAUGCAGGGUUGGCAUUCCCAGCGUCUUCUUGGCAAUGGUGAGGUUUGUCAUCCAAUCAUUAAGGAUAAGAACUUGAGUUCUACACCAAAGGGUGACAAGCAGCUUAAAACAAACGGUUUACUGAAGCGUAAACGGCUAUCACCUGUUGAGGGUGCUGUCCACUUUGGUCACAAGAAGGCAAUAAAAUCACAGGGGGAUGCAAUGGUCAUUGAUGUUGGACCCCCAGCUGACUGGGUAAAAAUCAAUGUGCAAAAAACUAAUGACUGCUUUGAGAUAUAUGCUUUAGUUCCAGGGCUUCUGCGUGAGGAGGUGCAUGUUCAGUCUGAUCCAGCAGGGCGUUUGAUCAUAUCUGGCCAACCAGAGCAUCUGGAUAAUCCUUGGGGCGUGACACCUUUUAAAAAGGUCGUGAGUUUACCUACCAGAAUUGAUCCGCAUCAGACAUCUGCUGUGGUCACCCUGCAUGGCCAGUUGUUCGUGCGAGUACCAUUUGAGAUGUCAGAUCUUUAGGAUUCGCAUUUUGGCAGUCACUUGAGUUGAGCACACAGGGAGGAGAUUUCACGGUCAUCUUGCUCCGAAGAGUUGAAAUAUGUAGGAUCAAGUCAAAACUCUGAUUUUGUAGUGUAAUUUGCUAGUCACACUCACAGUUGAUUAUCUAAUUGGAUAUAUUUAUUUACACACUUGUUUUAUUUUGUUUAAUUCUGUAAUUAAGUAGCAUAAAUCAUCAGAAUUGAAUCAUUAAGGAACUAUUUACAUA